AUGCUUUUGCUUGAUUAUCAGAACGUUCUCAUUCAGAACCUCCUGACGGAGCGGUUCUCCGGAGAUGCGCCGGUUUCAAUUGACCAAGUUGUCUCCGACUUUGACGGAGUGACGUUCCACCUGUCGACGCCAGAAUCGAAGACCAAGAUCCUUAUCUCCAUCCACGUGAAAUGCUUCAAAGAGCUGGUUCAAUACGGUGCCCAACAAGUACUGGAAAGAGAAUAUGGUCCUUACAUCGUCACACCAGAGCCUGGCUAUGACUUCUCGGUACAGAUUGACUUGGAGAACCUGCCCGCCGAGCAGGAAGCUCGGGACGAGCUCAUCAUGCGACUUGCGUUGCUGAAGCGUAACGCCAUGGCUGCUCCGUUCGAAAGGGCAUUCGACGAAUUCGCGAAGUUGUCAGAGGAGGCAUCCAGGUACACGUCGGAGUCCGCACCCCAGGGAGUCAAGGAAGGUGGGGAGUUGAUGGCAAUUCAUUACCGGGAAGAGGAAGCAAUCUACAUCAAGGCCAGUCAUGACCGGGUCACGGUGAUCUUUAGCACUGUUUUCCGCGAAGAGACGGAUCGUAUCUUUGGCAAGGUCUUCUUACAGGAGUUUGUUGACGCGAGAAGACGAGUGGUGACGUUGCAGAAUGCGCCGCAAGUGCUCUUCCGCAGCGACCCUCCCCUGGAGCUUCAGGGGGUCCCUGGUCUGCAGACAGCUGGGGACGGUAAAAUGAGUUAUGUCACUUUUGUCCUUUUCCCUCGACACCUGACUUCUCAACGACGCUACGAAAAUAUCUCUCACAUCCAGACCUUCCGUGACUAUUUCCAUUACCACAUCAAGGCGUCCAAGGCAUAUAUUCACACUAGAAUGCGUAAAAGGACGGCAGACUUCCUCCAAGUCCUCAACAGAGCUCGACCUGAAAAUGAGGAGCGGGAGCGAAAGACGGCCAGCGGUCGCACGUUCAGGGUUCAUGGAUAG